CGUGCUCUGGUCUGCCUCCUUCUCUUUGCUUUUAGCUGGGUGCGCUCUGAACUGACAGGAGUGGUUCCGGACAGAGCCCUUCUCUUCCUCAUCCAACUCAAUCUACUCACAUUCGCCCGGACUAUCCUAUGAUAGGAUUUCAGAGUUCAGAUCACAUCGAGUACCUCCUGCGCUUCAACCGCCGACCAACAUGUCGCUCAGCGUACCAUCGCAAGCCACUGCGGUUCCAGCGGGAAGAUCCGAUAAUUACUCGGGCUAUGCGCUUCAUCGCGGGUUUCCGUCAUUGUCAACCCUGCCCGAGAUGACUCGCAUGCCUCCCUACACAACUACACCAAGAGCGCUUGACGGCCCUGUCGAGCGUUCGCUAUUCGGGCAAUCGACGAGUCUACUGAUCGAUCCUGUCCAGCGUUUGGCUCAGCCGAUGGUAGAUGCACCUCCGUUCCAUGAGACCAAUGUCAUUCAUCCCAUCAUCUCCGGCAGUCAGUCAAUCAGACCUGAAAUACAGGCCAAAAUCCACAAGGGUUUCUUUCAGGUGGACGAGAAGUGGACUUGCUAUCGGCGUAACUAUUUUUCUGUCUCGUGUUCAUUCUCCUUGUGUCCUAUGCCUCACGGUCCCCUCUAUCUGAAGUUUUCCGAGCAGUCCACGGCAGAACGCAUUCUGUCAUUUUCCAUGUCUAUCUCGGCAAUCGUGAAUGCACAGUGUGGGGAAGUCCGGGAGCUGGUUCAGCACACACCAAAACGAGACAAGCAGUCAGAAAGGAAACCCGGGAAGAUUGUGCUCCAGCCAUGCCAAACUUCGCCUUUAGCCUUAGGCCACGGUGCCGCGUCUAGCAGCAGUCCUCACGGCUACUCACUGACAUCGCAAUCGGCCGGAAUACCGAUGGAGUACAGUUCCACGUACAGCGGGGCCCCGCAACCGUCACAGCCUCCAACCCAACACACUUUUGAACGCAUCCAAUUUCAGAAAGCAACGGCGAACAAUGGCAAGCGACGGGCUCAACAGCAAUAUUACAAUCUGGUGGUGGAGCUAUACGCAGAGGUCUCCCAUCCGGUGGGCGGAACUGAGACCCAAUGGUUCAAGAUUGCCCGACGCCUCUCUCAUCCAAUGGUUGUUCGCGGUCGCUCCCCAGGACAUUACAAAGAUGGCCGGCGCGAUAGCUCAACGAGCAUGGGGGGCCCGGAUGGAGGAAGUGGUGGCUCGGGCGACGGCACUGGAGGGGCUGUCCUACCCCCGGGCAUAGGACAGGCUGCACGGUCUCACUUGACCUUGAUGCCGUACGACUCUUCUCACCGCGGCGGUCCACAUUACCCUCGAACAGACUACCAUCAAAUGGCAGCGGCAGACCAGUCACCGCUCAGCGAAAGCCCGCAUAUAUCGUCAUCAUCGUCAUCGGCGUUUGACCUGGGGCUCAUCACAGACACGAUGGAUCCUAUGGAUUCGAUGAAAAGCACCACCAGUAUGGAUCCAUACCCGGAUCCUGGGUUUACUGUCCUGAAUGGCCGUAAGCCCGGCAGCCAGUACCGUCUUCAUCUGCCGCCUUUCGAUUAUGACUCUAUCACAAAGAAUAGCGAUGAGUCCGCGAACAGUUUCGCGGAGACGUACGAUCCGAUGGUCUCGUUUGUUUCAAACGACCAGCCUGAGUCGCCGCACUGUCUGAAACAUCCCUCGCGAAUGGCUCCUAACCUUUUCCACCAUAACACUAGUAGUGGGUAUGAUCCCGUCUAUUCAACGCGCGCCGGCGAUGGCAGUCCUUACGGUCGCUUCUCCAAUUCUCAGAGUCUGUGCGCCUAGCAGUUGGCGCCUCUGGCUUAGUUCUAUCUCACCCUUUCUAUUACGCUGCUUUGAGCCCAUGAGGAUUGACCUCCAUUCUUGUGGACUUUCUUCUUAUUCAUUGUA